AGUAAUAUACACUUUCUCUCUCAUCCAUGCAAAAGCUGAUACAAAAGCCAAAGCUCAAUCCCAUCAUCAUCAUUGUGCCAAUAGAGCCACCCCUGACACAUUACAUGAUUGCACAUAUCACCACUCCCUUCUCUCUCUUGCUAUACACAUACUAUUUGUAUGUAUGCUUCUGUGUGUGUAUAUCUCUAUAUAUAAAUGUAGACAUAUAGGUGCUGUUGGGGGUGUUUUUCUCUAUGUGACACAGUGAAUUUUAAGAGUCUGAAACAGCAAAGCAAACCAGCAAAAAUACAAAAAAAGGCCAGUGUAUAACCCAUAUAUACUCUCAUUUUGCAUCACUCUCCUUUGUCCCUCUGCCAUUUUCAUAUAUCAUAUCUCAUUUCCACACAAAACAAAAAAGAAUGAGUAACAAAGAUGAUGGUUUAGGCCUAGGCUUGAGUUUGAGUUUAAAAUGCCCGGAGAACUAUCCACCGCCCCCACCACCUCCGGCGCCGGCGACACGAUUUCCGUUAAAUCUGUUGCCAUCUCCACCUUUGUCUUUUCUUCACCGUAGUCACCCUGUUUCAAAUCAUCAAAAACUUUCUUUCUUGGCGAACCAUCACGCUGUACCAAAUCACGAUUUAAAUGGUGAAACGAGAUCAUACGCACGUGGGAUUGAUGUAAACCGGCCACCGUCGACAUCGGCGGCGAUUGUGGCGGUCGACGAUGAAGCAUUUGUAUCAUCGCCCAACAGUACGGUGUCAAGUGUAAGCGGUAAGCGCGUGGAGCGAGAAGAUGCUGAAGCCGAGCGAGAAUCAAGCUCGCACGGGAUCAGCGGCGGCGAAGAGGACGACGACGGCGGUGAUGCAUCGGCGUCGAGGAAGAAACUCCGACUGUCAAAAGAUCAAGCGGCGGUGCUUGAAGAAACAUUCAAAGAGCAUAAUACUCUUAAUCCGAAGCAAAAACAAGCAUUAGCGAAACAGCUGGAUCUGAGGCCAAGGCAGGUGGAAGUUUGGUUUCAAAACAGAAGGGCUAGGACAAAGUUGAAGCAAACGGAGGUGGACUGUGAAUAUCUUAAGCGAUGUUGUGAUACAUUGACGGAGGAAAACAGGCGGUUACAAAAGGAAGUCAACGAGCUUAGAGCUCUCAAACUUUCUCCGCAAUUUUACAUGAACAUGAACCCUCCAACCACGUUGACCAUGUGUCCUCAAUGUGAGCGUGUAGCCGUAUCAUCCUCCUCAUCAUCAACCUCAUCAGCUGCUGCCGCAACUUCAACAACAAUUGGUUCAAGUGGUCUUCCUAAAGCGCUCCAUGGCUCUAUGGCAGCCAAUCAACAAAAACAGAACAACCCCUUCCUCCCAAGAGCCACAAUCAUUCCCCAUCGCCCGUUAGACGCCCACCACCCUAGAUGGUAAUCAAGAUUACCUAUCUGCCAUGGAGGAAUGGGGGGAAAAGGGUUAAUAUUAGGGAGAUUUUAAACAGGAUGGGGGAAUGAUUUUGCUGGAUUAAAGUGAGAUUUGAUGUAGGAAUGGAAGGGGGACAACGUGGGAAUUAGUUUUCUAUUUGUCUUUGUUUUUUUUUUCUUUAUAGAUUUAUUUGGAUUUUGAUGAGUUGCUUUUAGAAUCUAAGCUUAGUCAUGAGUCAUGAUGCUUAUAUUGUGUCUUCCCCCAUGCUAUUUGUAUGUGGGACCACACAAUUUGAGGAUAACAUGAUUGGUUUGUACAUAUUUGUUAGUUUUUAAAUAUGUUGUGUUCUUUAGUUAUGUACCUACCAAUCUCAUCAUUAUUUCAUAUCUCUAACCCAAAUCAUUCUUGUUCUUGGUUAAUUCAAAACAUAUACUGUAUUAUC